CAAAUGAACAUGAAUACGCCGGGCAUGAGCCUUUUUCAGGGGGCUGAGCCCUUAAACGUGAGUUCGACACUGGAGCGUCAAGAAGAAGAAGAAGCUCUAGAGGAUCAGAAACGGCGCGACGAGGAGCUGGGCAACUUGUUGGAGAAUGCCUUCGAUGAUCUGGAUGAUGACGAAAGUACAAUCGAUUCGACUACGAAUUACCAGUCAGAUUUGUUGCCCGAACAGCCGCAUCACCAUCACCCCGUUCAAGGUGUACAGCCACAGGAGGAUCACCAUCGGCAUGCCAGCGAAAUUCACAAGCUAAAAAUGAUGCUGGAAUCCAAGUCUCACGAGCGCGAUCAUAUCAGUCAGCAAGCCAAAGAUGCUCUGAAUAAGCUGGAUGAAGAGCAAAAGCGCGUUCGCAUCUUGCAGGCGGAGCUGGACCGGGCAUUGCGAGAGAAGCAGAAUACACAUGAGCUGCUGGUGGAUACGAAAGCGAAGUGCUCAAACCAGGAGAGCAGCAUGGUGAAGCUGCGUGAUGAAAAGAAACGUCUGGAAGAGGACAACACCCAGCUGGAGGGGGAGCUGGAGUUGACACGGGCGAUGGUUUCCGAUCUAAAGUCCAAGUAUGACAUGGUGGAGCGUGAUGUCCACAAGCGUGACGAUCGCAUCGCGGACUCUCGCAUUAGGAUGUUGGAGGAGCAUAAUCGAGCACAGUGCGAACUUCUGCAGGAGCAGCUGAGCCAAAGCUCAGAUCAGCUGAACAAAAAACAGAACGAACUGGAAAAAAUGACCGCUCGCUACAACGCACUGCAGUCCAAGCUAGAUGCCACUCUACGAGAAAAAGCAGCCACGAUAAAUGAGCUGAACGGAGCUCUAGAUGUGGCCCAGAGUCGGUGCCAGCAGCUUGGUAGCAAGCCCAACUACGAGCAAGAGUGCACGCGACAGCAGCAGUACAUCAGAGAGUUGGAGGCCAAGAUCGCCGCCAUGGAGCAGACCAUAGCCCUCCUGAACGGGCAUCUUAGUGGGACCACAGCAGAGCUGGAUCUGAUGGAUACACUGUUGAUGCAAAACCAAACGGACGGAAGCAGCCCACGGGCUGCCUCGACGCGUUUGGUAGGGGGCACGCCGCUUAAUCCCGCCGAUCGCAUAGGUCACAUCAAGCAGGAGCUCUACCGAGCUCUGAGCAAUCUCAAGAACAUGAGGGAGGAAGUUCGCAAGCUGGAAAAGCUGUUGGAAGAGCGCAACCACGAGCUGCGCCUCCUUCGCGGGCAGGAGAACCAGUCCCUGGUGCAGCUUGCCACACUAAAAGAGGACAAGAUGCGGCUGGAGAGCCGCAUUAAGAACAUGCAACAGGAGCUGGAGGAGCUGGAACAUAGGUCUAAAAUUGAUUUAAAACUGCAGGACGAGGUGAAAGCUUUGAUGGCUGAGCGGGAUGCGGUGAAUGAGCAGCGCCAGAAGAUCGACAACCAGCUGAAAAAGGUUCAGAUGGAUCUGGAGAGGGUGAACCAAGAGCAAGAUAACCUCAAACAGAACUAUGAGCAGCUCCUGCAGGAUAACCGCCAGCUGCGGUCUCGCGACACAACGGACAACCUUCGUUUGGAGUUGGAACGACACAAGAUCCUGCUGAAGGAUGCCCAAAGCGAGGUGGAACGGCUAAAGAAACUCUACGCAGACAUUGCCAAUGACAAGGAUACCCUCAGCUAUGAGCUUCGCAAGCUACGCGACCUGGACACUGUCAAGGAGCUUCAGGAGCAACGACAGCUGUUGGCCAAUCUCCAGCGCACCGUGCAAAUUGCCGAGCUCAAGUCGGAGGAGCUGGCGAGCAUUCUGGAGACGGAGAAGGUCAGUCACCAGAGAGAGCUGCAGACCCUGCGCGAAAAAUGUGAGCAAGAUAAGUGCGAAGAGGUGGCCGCAGUGGCCAAGGAGAGCUCCGCGAACUGCAGUAGAUGUGUGGAAAAGUGUUCCGAAAUCGCAAAGGCUGAGAUCCAAAUGCUCAAGCUUCAGAAUAUUAACUCAAGGCAGGCCAAAGACUUAAAGCAGCUCUCGGAGGAUCUGGAGCAGUCCAAGGCCUUCCAGAUUGAACUCGAGGAUAAAAUUAAGCAGUCCAUCGAGCAGGAGAGUCUCCUCAAUGAGCUCAAGGAGAAGGCCAAGAAAAUGGAGGAAUACAUUUUACAGCAGGAAGAGGCGAAUGCGAAGGCCGAUCAUCAGAAAAAGACGCAAAGUUCGCCGGGGGGGCCCUCGAUAGAGCUCAACCAAGAGCGAAUCAAGCGCAUCGAGCAGCGAGUGCGUGACGAAAUGGCCAAACUGUUUGCGGUGGAGCUGAAGAAUUUCACUCCCCGCCUGCAGCAGAUGGAGGAGAAAAACCUCGCCCUUCAGCGCAAGUACCAACUGGUCUGCGGCGAGCUCCAGCAGCGCCAGAACGAAGUCGAGCUGCUCAAGCAAACCAUACUGGCGGAGCGGGAAAAGAUCGGAGAAAUGCUGGAGGCCAAGGAAGAGAAGCAGCAGGCCAUACUGCAAAAAUGUCGCAGCGAGCUCCAGGCAAAGAACCAGCGCAUAGCCGAGCUCAUACGGACUCUGGACGAACAACAUGCCAGCAUCGACUCUGAGCGCAAGUCAAUGAAGGCAGUGAUGGCUCAGUGGGACGCACAAAAGCAGUCUGUGGAGCAGGUGGAACAGCAUUGGCGCGAACAGUUGCAGAUGCUGCGCGACACCCAUGAGGAGGCGAUGCGAUCCGCGCACCAGCGAUAUCAGAGUGCCAAACGGACGGCCCACAACUACAAGCUCUAUGCAGAAGACAAAGAGGCGCACAUGAAGCGAGAGUACGACCGCAUCAAGCACGAGUACGAAUUGUCGUUGGCCAAGAUCGAGCUCCAAAUGAAUCAGCGCCUGGAGAGGAAGGGUCGCGAGUCGCAUCGCGACAAGGAAAACCAGCCCAGCAACAGCAAUAGUAGAUAGGUUUACUUACCGUAAGUAGGUCGUUAAAAGCAUGUUCGAUUUUUACCCAAUUGUUUUAUGUACAGGCAACUAAAUAUACUCUCCCGUACAUUCCGACAUUCCGAAUGAUUGUAACAUUUUUCUUGGAUUAUUCAGUAAGAAGCCCCCCUGUAGCUUAAAUUUCAGAACGAGCUUCUCCGCCUCGCCUGUUUCAAUCGCAAGCGUUGCGAAAGUCAUGGCUAUGGGUUUCGUUCAGAGACCGUAAUAAUUAUAAGUAAUAUAAUAAGAAUUACUUGGUAAUGAUUAUAUUUAAAUUUUUCUUCACUGAUAAUCAUUAUUUUUGAGUAAUUUCAUAAAACUUAGACUUAAUCAUUAUUCUUGAUAAAAAAAAUAAAACUCAAAAAUAAUGAUUAUUUUAAAAUAAAAUUCAACAGGAAUUUACGGCUUGUGUUAGAAUGCUCGACAAUAUUAUUG